AAUUUUGGUUUCAGAGCUAUGUGUUAGGACUGUGUUCUCAGCAAGGAGUCGCUUUAUCAAAAGCUAGAACUUUGCUUUUUAAAAAUUACUAUUCAUUUUUCUAUUAAAUUAGUUUGUUAGCCGGCCGACUGGUACAUGUCUAAAAAUGUUGGUUCUGGUGUUUAUUUGGAGUAUGGCCUACAUCUUGCCAUUUGCAUUCAGUUUGUCACCAAAAAUGUGUGCAGCUUUAUGUCGAAAUGAACAAAAGAUGAGCAAGAGAGAUGCUGAUGAAAUCAUCAUGGCAAACUGUGGCUGCGCAAUCUCAAAAGAUUGGAACCGAGGAGAUAACAAUGACGUCGACGCCCAGGCCAAACAAGAUUUAUCAAAGCCUCUGACAAACAAACAUUUGGCAGAAAAGGAUUUCACAUCUGAGGGCCAGCUGCAGGCCAUUCAAGACACGUCUUUGCAUACCCAUAACACAGAUAUCAAAGAAUACGUGACCACAUCUAAAGGCAAAAAUAACACCAGGCUACAGGCUGCUCAAUACGUGACUUCGCCGAAUUACACGAACGUACGUCAGGAUGUUACUUCAUCUAAAGGCAAUAAUAUGCUGGCCUAUCAAAAAGUGUCCUUGGAUCCCACGAGCACAGAUGUCAAAGAAGAUAGUUUCGAAUCUGAAGACAAUAAUAAAAACAAUGUUCUGGCCUCUAACUACGUAUCCCUGCAUAACAAGAACGUAGAUAUCAAACAAUACGUUGUCACAAAUAAAGGCCGUAACAAAACCAAUCUCCAAGCUGCUCAGGAACAGAUUUCCAUUUCUCAAGACAAAAAUGCAGUCAAUCUACUGGACGAUAAAGAAAAGUCUUUGCGUCUAACCAACAGAGAGGUCAAUGAUAAGGGCUCGAUAUCUGAAGACAAUGAUAAAGUCAAGCUAGCAACCGAUCAAGAUAAGCCUUGGCGUCCCUCAAUGGCAAAAAUCGAUUUUGAUGUUUCUAUAUCUAAAGACAAUAAUAACCUAAAUCUAGCAGAAUCUCAAAAUAAGCCUUUGCGCCCCUCAAAAACAAAUGUCAAUUAUAAGGGUCCCAUAUCUGAAGACAAUGAUAAAGCCAAUCAAGCAGCCGGUCAAGAUAAGCCUUUGCGCCACUCAAAAACAAAAGUUAACUAUAAGGGUCCAAUAUCGGAAGACAAUGAUAAAGCCAAUCAAGCAGACGGUCAAGAUAAGCCUUUGUGUCCCUCGAACACAGAUGUCAAUGAUAAGGGUCCCAUAUCUGAAGACAAUGAUAAUGUUAAUCAAGCAGCCGGUCGAGAUAAGCCUUUGCGUCCCUCAAACACAGAUGUCAAUGAUAACGGUCCCAUAUCUGAAGACAAUGAUAAUGUUAAUCAAGCAGCCGGUCGAGAUAAGCCUUUGCGUCCCUCAAACACAGAUGUCAAUGAUAACGGUCCCAUAUCUAAAGACAAUGAUAAAAUCAAGCAAGCAGCCGGUCGACAUAAGCCUUUGCGCCCCUCAAACACAGAUGUCAAUGAUAACGGUCCCAUAUCUAAAGACAAUGAUAAAAUCAAUCAAGCAGCCGGUCGAGAUAAGCCUUUGCGUCCCUCAAACACAGAUGACAAUGAUAACGGUCCCAUAUCUAAAGACAAUGAUAAAAUCAAUCAAGCAGCCGGUCGACAUAAGCCUUUGCGCCCCUCAAACACAGAUGUCAAUGAUAACGGUCCAAUAUCUGAAGACAAUGAUAAUGUUAAUCAAGCAGCUGGUCGAGAUAAGCCUUUGCGCCCCUCAAACACAGAUGUCAAUGAUAACGGUCCCAUAUCUGAAGACAAUGAUAAAAUCAAGCAAGCAGCCGGUCGACAUAAGCCUUUGCGCCCCUCAAACACAGAUGUCAAUGAUAACGGUCCCAUAUCUGAAGACAAUGAUAAUGUUAAUCAAGCAGCUGGUCGAGAUAAGCCUUUGCGCCCCUCAAACACAGAUGUCAAUGAUAACGGUCCCAUAUCUAAAGACAAUGAUAAAAUCAAUCAAGCAGCCGGUCGAGAUAAGCCUUUGCGUCCCUCAAACACAGAUGACAAUGAUAACGGUCCCAUAUCUAAAGACAAUGAUAAAAUCAAUCAAGCAGCCGGUCGACAUAAGCCUUUGCGCCCCUCAAACACAGAUGUCAAUGAUAACGGUCCAAUAUCUGAAGACAAUGAUAAUGUUAAUCAAGCAGCUGGUCGAGAUAAGCCUUUGCGCCCCUCAAACACAGAUGUCAAUGAUAACGGUCCCAUAUCUGAAGACAAUGAUAAAAUCAAGCAAGCAGCCGGUCGACAUAAGCCUUUGCGCCCCUCAAACACAGAUGUCAAUGAUAACGGUCCCAUAUCUGAAGACAAUGAUAAUGUUAAUCAAGCAGCUGGUCGAGAUAAGCCUUUGCGUCCCUCAAACACAGAUGUCAAUGAUAACGGUCCCAUAUCUGAAGACAAUGAUAAUGUUUAUCAAGCAGCCGGUCGAGAUAAGCCUUUGCGUCCCUCAAACACAGAUGUCAAUGAUAACGGUCCCAUAUCUGAAGAUAAUGAUAAUAUUAAUCAAGCAGCUGGUCGAGAUAAGCCUUUGUGUCCCUCAAACACAGAUGUCAAUGAUAACGGUCCAAUAUCUGAAGACAAUGAUAAUGUUAAUCAAGCAGCUGGUCGAGAUAAGCCUUCGCGCCCCUCAAACACAGAUGUCAAUGAUAACGGUCCCAUAUCUGAAGACAAUGAUAAUGUUAAUCAAGCAGCUGGUCGAGAUAAGCCUUUGCGUCCCUCAAACACAGAUGUCAAUGAUAACGGUCCCAUAUCUGAAGACAAUGAUAAUGUUAAUCAAGCAGCCGGUCGAGAUAAGCCUUUGCGUCCCUCAAACACAGAUGUCAAUGAUAACGGUCCCAUAUCUAAAGACAAUGAUAAAAUCAAGCAAGCAAUCGGUCGACAUAAGCCUUUGCGCCCCUCAAACACAGAUGUCAAUGAUAACGGUCCCAUAUCUGAAGACAAUGAUAAUAUUAAUCAAGCAGCUGGUCGAGAUAAGCCUUUGCGUCCCUCAAACACAGAUGUCAAUGAUAACGGUCCCAUAUCUGAAGACAAUGAUAAUGUUAAUCAAGCAGCCGGUCGAGAUAAGCCUUUGCGUCCCUCAAUCACAGAUGUCAAUGAUAACGGUCCCAUAUCUAAAGACAAUGAUAAAAUCAAGCAAGCAGCCGGUCGACAUAAGCCUUUGCGCCCCUCAAACACAGAUGUCAAUGAUAACGGUCCCAUAUCUGAAGACAAUGAUAAUAUUAAUCAAGCAGCUGGUCGAGAUAAGCCUUUGCGUCCCUCAAACACAGAUGUCAAUGAUAACGGUCCCAUAUCUGAAGACAAUGAUAAUAUUAAUCAAGCAGCUGGUCGAGAUAAGCCUUUGCGUCCCUCAAACACAGAUGUCAAUGAUAACGGUCCCAUAUCCUUGGAUAAUGAUAAAAUCAAGCAAGCAGCCGGUCGACAUAAGCCUUUGCGCCCCUCAAACACAGAUGUCAAUGAUAACGGUCCCAUAUCUGAAGACAAUGAUAAUAUUAAUCAAGCAGCUGGUCGAGAUAAGCCUUUGCGUCCCUCAAACACAGAUGUCAAUGAUAACGGUCCCAUAUCUGAAGACAAUGAUAAUGUUUAUGAAGCAGCUGGUCGAGAUAAGCCUUUGCGUCCCUCAAACACAGAUGUCAAUGAUAACGGUCCAAUAUCUGAAGACAAUGAUAAUGUUUAUGAAGCAGCUGGUCGAGAUAAGCCUUUGCGUCCCUCAAACAUAGAUGUCAAUGAUAACGGUCCCAUAUCUGAAGACAAUGAUAAUGUUAAUCAAGCAGCCGGUCGAGAUAAGCCUUUGCGUCCCUCAAUCACAGAUGACAAUGAUAACGGUCCCAUAUCUAAAGACAAUGAUAAAAUCAAGCAAGCAGCCGGUCGACAUAAGCCUUUGCGCCCCUCAAACACAGAUGUCAAUGAUAACGGUCCAAUAUCUGAAGACAAUGAUAAUGUUUAUCAAGCAGCUGGUCGAGAUAAGCCUUUGCGCCCCUCAAACACAGAUGUCAAUGAUAACGGUCCCAUAUAUGAAGAUAAUGAUAAUAUUAAUCAAGCAGCUGGUCGAGAUAAGCCUUUGCGUCCCUCAAACACAGAUGUCAAUGAUAACGGUCCCAUAUCCUUGGAUAAUGAUAAAAUCAAGCAAGCAGCCGGUCGACAUAAGCCUUUGCGUCCCUCAAACACAGAUGUCAAUGAUAACGGUCCCAUAUCUGAAGACAAUGAUAAAAUCAAGCAAGCAGCCGGUCGACAUAAGCCUUUGCGCCCCUCAAACACAGAUGUCAAUGAUAACGAUCCAAUAUCUGAAGACAAUGAUAAUGUUUAUCAAGCAGCUGGUCGAGAUAAGCCUUUGCGCCCCUCAAACACAGAUGUCAAUGAUAACGGUCCCAUAUCUGAAAACAAUGAUAAUAUUAAUCAAGCAGCCGGUCGACAUAAGCCUUUGCGCCCCUCAAACACAGAUGUCAAUGAUAACGGUCCCAUAUCUGAAAACAAUGAUAAUAUUAAUCAAGCAGCCGGUCGACAUAAGCCUUUGCGUCCCUCAAACACAGAUGUCAAUGAUAACGGUCCCAUAUCUGAAGACAAUGAUAAUAUUAAUCAAGCAGCCGGUCGACAUAAGCCUUUGCGUCCCUUAAACACAGAUGUCAAUGGUAAGGUUCCCUUUUAUGAAGACAGUAAUAGAGUAACUAUGGUGGGCGAUCAAGGUGUGUCUUUAGAUCCCAAAAACUCAGAUUUCAAGCAAAUCCUCUCAAAAUCUGAAGGCAUUAACCAAGUCAAGAAGUAUCCGGAUGAUCAAAGUGAGUAUCCUAUAGACAAAGAUAUCCUUCAGCUGGUUUCGACAUCGAAAGGCAACAAGAAAACAAAUCCGAAAGCUGAUGAAGGUGUGUCUUUGCCUCCUACAGACACAGAUGUUAUUCAAGGUGUGUCUUUAGAUGCCUUAGACACAGAUAUUAUCCAACAUCUUUCAACAUCUGAAAGCAAUAGUAAAGCCCAACUAAAGGCUAAUCAAGCUGUAUCUUCGCAUUCCUCAGACACUAAUGUUAUUCAAGAUGUGUCUUUGGAUCCUUCAGACAUAGAUGCCCUUCAACAUGGCUCAACCCCUGAACGCAAUGGUAAAGGCAAUCUGAAGGCUAAUCAAGCUGUGUCUUUGCGUCCCUCAGACACCGAUGUUAUUCAAGGUGUGUCUUUGGAUCCCUCAGACACAGAUGCCAUCAAAUAUUUUCCAGCAUCUGAACGGUAUAGUAAAGGCAAUCUGAAGGCCAAUAAAGCUGUGUCUUUGUAUCCCACAUUCAGGAAAGGGAAAGAAAAGAUGUCCACAUCUAAAGUCAAUAAAAAAUUUAAUCUUCCGGCCGAUCAAGAUAGCCGUUUGAGUCGCACAAAUAGAGAUCUCAUUCAACAGAGCUUUGUUACUGAAGACAAUAAUAAAGUCAAGCUGCUUCCGGCCGACCAUGGUGUCCUUUUGUCUCCUGAAAAUUCGAAUGUUUUCCAACAGGUUUCAACAUCUGAUUGCAAUAACAAAAUCCAUCUGCAGACCCUUCAAGAUGUGUCCUUGGAUUCCAAAAACUCUGACGUCAAUCAAUACAUUUCCACAUCUGACGGCAAUACUAAAGUAAAGCUGCUAGAAGAUCAAGGUGUAAUUUUGCAUCCCACUGACAAGAAUAUCAUCCAACAGGUUUUGACAUCUGAAGGCAAUAAUAAAGUAAAGCUGUUGGCUAAUCAAGGUGUCUCUUUGCAUCCAUUUGACACGGAUACAUAUGAUACAUAUGAAAGUAACAAUAAACCCAAGUUUGUUCUGUUCGACCAAGGUGCGUUCUUGCAUCCCACAGAUCCAGAUGCCUAUCAACAUUUUCCCUCACCUGAAAGGAGCAAAAAAUACAAGCUGCUAGACAUUCUCGGUUCUUUCCGAAAUGGCUUGAAAGACGAGCACAGUCCUGACAAAACGUUUCAGCCAUUUCGACUUCCAUGGAAACAUGCUCCAACGAAAGCCCGUGAACCUGUCAAAUUGUUCUACAUUCUUUUUUUAAAAAUUUAAUUUGGAUGCAAAGUUUGAAAUGAAUUGAAAUGAAUUGAAAGGCUUCUAUGAUUUCUGAAUUUCUUAAUUAUUUUGUUACUCCAAUUUCAAAGUAAAUACGAUUGUAAACUAUUGCGACUCUUACCCAUUAUCCUGAUAAAAAAAAAUUAACAUUGAAAUAAAUACAUUCAAAGAAGUCUUUA